GCGGACACGGUGUUUUGCUUCUUCUCGUAGCCACAACCGAUCCGGUUCCCCGACGUUGUUGGUGCCACAGAAACGGUUUGGCGGCGAUCUGUUGAUCUUUCGGCCCAUAACGGGCCGGGCGUGUGCGUGACCACCGGAUUGGAUUGUGGACGGUGACCAGUAAAGGGGUGGAAAGUGAGAUACGUGACCUCGUGCCACUUGUGCAGAUCCGUCGAACGUGAAAACCCAAACAAAACGUCUCCAUUUCUGUGGGAGAAGACCCGGCGAUCCGGCACCAGGCCAAUCUUCCAAACGAUCCGCAAGAUGGACCCCGAAACGAUGGUGCACGAGAACUGCACGAACCCGGCCACCCACCAACAGUACAGCUGGACGUUGGGGGACAAGCUGAAAAAGACGGCCAAAUCGGAGCUCCGGGAGGACGCGUCCCUGCGCACCCAGAGCCUGGAGCAGAUGCGCGAGUGGAUCGCCAAGAGCACGCACAUCAAAAAGUGCCGCACCGAUGCGCUGUUCCUGUUGCGCUUCCUGCGCACCAAGAAGUACUCCAUCCCGCAGGCGUGCGCCAUGCUGGAGAAAUAUCUGAUGAUUCGCCAAACGAACCCGGCCUGGUUCCAGCGGCUUGACAUCGAAGAUCCGGAGCUGGAGGCCAUCAUCGACGGUGGCUACAUCGUGCCGCUGCCGGAACGGGACGACCACGGACGGCAGGUGAUCCUGUCGGUGGCCGGGAAUCUGGACUUAACGCGCGUCUCGUCGGCCCUGCUGGCCCGCGUUCACAUCCUGGUCCAGGAGGUGCUGGCCGACGACGAGCAGUCGCAGAUCUGUGGCUACACGCACUGCUUCGACGAGCGCGAUCUGUCGAUGAAGCUGAUGGGCCUGUGGUCCCUGGUGGACAUAAAGAAGGCGGCCGACUGCAUACAGAACGGUGUGCCGAGCCGAAUCAACAGCUUCAACAUGAUCGGUCUUCCGUCGACAGCGGCCACGCUGCUCGAGUUCUGCGUUUCGCUCCUUAGCGACAAGCUACGCAAACGAUUCAACCUCUUCCGAACGAUCGAUGACUUCGCGACCAAGACGAAUCGGAAGAUACUGCCGAAGGAGUACGGCGGGGUGGUUCCGAUGGCGGACAUGAUCGCCCAGUUUAAGGAGCGUUGCCGGGCGAAGCGAGCCCAGCUGCUGGCGAUGGACGAGCUGUACAUCGAGCUGUCGAAGGCACCGGGCCACUGUGCGGACUCGUGCCGCCGGGAUCUGGAAGCCGGCAUGAUCGGUAGCUUCCGUAAGCUGGAGGUGGACUAGUGGACGAUCGCUGUACGCUGUCAACCGUGUAUUAUAUUACCAGAGUACUACCUAUUGUUACCCACACCACAAGGCGCACCGGCAUCGCUAAACAUCCCGCAUCACAAUGGCACGAGAAUAUUUAACGCAAACUUGAAGAGUGGAUUGAAGACACGAUCAGCACCCAAUGGCCUCUAUCUAUUCACCGGUUUUUGUUAUGCUUGCGACGAUAUGUUAUGCCCAACCUUAGGGCUUCGAGGCCUCGCUUCGGCAGGGACAGAGCAUGCUCGGUGCUUCAUUCGGUUGAUCGGACCUAUCGGACAUAUCCCCAAAUCUAAGUGUUUCGCCUCAGCUACCCACUUUACUUAACUGUGAUGAAUCCUGAAUCCUCUGAGCGAUCGCUCCGUCGUGCUGUUCCGUCCACGUUCGGCUAGCUGCGCUGUUUCCGUAUCGAGAUAUCGACACAACACAAAAUAGGCAACAUUUCCGCAACAACUUGGGGACAACCUAAUUCGGUAAUGGGAGUAUCUACUAGAGCUACUAGGGGGUACUAUGAAGUGAUAAAAGCAUAUACCGCAGAGAGCGAGAGAGAGAAAGGAGGAGAGUAUUAUGACACCGGCCCGGGCUGGAACCUAGGCAGGUCGUUGCGCAACACUCUCCGUGCGAUCCUAAUUGCUAUCGAGCAAAGUGGAGCCACCGGAGAGUUGUUGGAGCAGUAGGAAGAUGUGUGUACAUUUAAUCAUAAUUGGAAUAAGCCGCGAAUAAAACGAAGAG